AUGAAUUUCCUCUAUUUUCUUUCUAUUGCGAUUAUAUUUUCGGCGGAAGCGCUUGCUGCCUCUGCUGAUGACUGGGCUAAGAGAUCAAUUUACCAAGUGAUUACCGAUCGUUAUGCACGGCCUACAGAAUCCAAUGACAAUUGCAACAUCACCAAGUACUGCGGAGGCACCUGGUCCGGCCUCGUCAGCAAGCUUGACUACAUCCAAGACAUGGGGUUUACUGCAGUGCAAAUCUCUCCCAUCCAGGAAAAUCUGCCGCAAGACACAAUCUACGGGGAGGCAUUCCACGGAUACUGGCCCCAGAACUUGUACGAAUUGAACGAUCAUUUUGGCACGGCUGACGAUUUGAAGAACUUGGUUUCGGAACUGCACAAACGUGAUAUGUAUCUGAUGGUCGACGUUGUGGCAAAUGAACUAGCCUACAACAUUGGGCCAACUAAUAUGACGAUCUCUACGCCGAUUGAUUAUUCCAGCUUUGUCCCCUUCAAUCGGUCGUCUGAUUUUAAUACAUUCUGUCCCAUUGUGGAUUGGGCGAACCAGACGCAAUUCACGAGUUGUUGGCUUGGCUAUGAGGGCGUGGCUACGCCGAGAAUCAAGACUACUGACCCUGCCAUUGCUGCAACGCUCGAGCAGUGGAUUGGUGAUCUGAUAGACACAUAUGAAAUUGAUGGUAUUCGAGUGGAUGGGGCCAAGCAGAUCGAGUCCAGCUUUUUUCCAAACUUCACGAAGAGUGCCAAUGUUUACGCCAUGGGUGAGGUGUAUGACUAUGAUGCGACCUUCUUGUGCGAUUUCCAAAAUCUUACGUCGGGUUUGGAGAACUACGCACUGUACACGAAAAUCAUUGAUGCAUUCACCGCGGGUAAAAUGGCGGAACUCGUUUCGAUGGUUGGCGAACUGCGUCAAGCCUGCCAGGCACCUCAAUACCUGGCAAAUUUUAUUGAAAACCAGGACAAUCCCCGUUUUGCUUCCUUGACUGAAGAUAUCGCACUGGCCAAAAACGCGCUCGCUUUUACCAUCUUGAGUGAUGGAAUCCCAAAGAUGUACUAUGGACAAGAACAGCACCUACCCGGUAACUAUUCGCCGUAUAACAGACAAGCCCUAUGGCCUACGGAGUAUGACACUUCAGUCGAGCUGUAUAAUGUGACCGCCACGCUGAACAAACUUCGCAAUCACGCCAUCGCCAUUGAUGACCACUACGUGACAAACUGGAGCUCAAUCUUGUAUACGGACGGUUCGACAUAUGCCACUCGCAAGGGACCUAACGGCGCACAUAUCCUUGCAGUAUUAUCAAACCAAGGCCUGCAAGGCGGAGAUUACACGCUGGAGGUGCACGGUGCUGCAGAUCCAGGGACGAACCUGACAGAGGUAACCAUGUGCAAUAGCAGUGUUGUAGCUGGCGAAAAUGGAACGAUCACGGUGCCAAUGGGCCAGGGCCAACCGCGUGUGUAUUUCCCAACCUUUAACAUGAAUGGCUCUGGGUUGUGCAAUUUUCCAUCUUCUCCCUCAUCAUUGACAACAUCUUCCGGCUCAUCGAAUAUGAGCUCGACAGGCAUGCCGUUGGCUACUUCAUCUCAAUCCUAUGGUGCAGGUGCAAGGCUCGAAAUUAGUCUAUGGAUGAUACUAUUUGUACUAUUUCUGUCAGUAAUGGUCAUAUCAUGA